AUUAUCCAAGUUAGUAAUUGACUAGGACUUCUCAUCUUAAAGAACAAGAUUUCGAAGGGAUCCUAAUGGUCACUUUUUUGAAGCCCCUGGAUUCACUCUGUUUUCUUGAUUGUUUCGUCCUUCAAUCCAUAACUUCACCAUCCAAACUUUCUCUUCUCUUUUGACAAAAAGGGCACUUUCCAUUCAAGUCAAUAAAUUACCUAACAAUAAAUCAAUAAUGGGGUGCCUUUUCCCUUGUUUCAGAGCUUCUAAGCAUCGAAAACGCAGGCAUUUGUUGAAUGCAGCUCCCUCUCAACUCCAUAGAGAUGGAGCCGGUGAAGCUCAGCAGCUUGAUGUUACUACUGAGCAACAGGUCAAUGAAGAAUCCAAGAAGCCCAUUAUAGAUUCCAAAGACGAGAAGCCUGAGGAACAAGUAAGCUGCAAUGGGAAACGGAAGUGGAAUUCUGCCCCAUUUGAAGCAAAGGCUGGGGAGGGCCUAGGACAGGGUUAUUGCCAAAGUUCAGCAUGUGCCUCAACAAUAAAAGAGACACAGCUCUGCAGUUCUGCAUUUGCUCCUAGUUUCCUGUGAAUAUCCAUGAGUUAUUUUCUCCACCAAUCUUUAGGGUUUUUCGUUGGCUUUAAGAAAUUCUUCUUUCUUU